CGAGGAGAGAACGGUUCUCUCCUUCUACAACGAACUUUGAAUUCCUUAACCAACUAAGUCAGUUCAAUGCUCAAUGCUUGCUUAGCUCUCAGACCGUCAGAACUCGUUCGACCAACAACUUCACGUCACUCCUCGCGUUGGUGAAAAAAAUAUGUGAAUAAAAAUAUAAAAAUACCAAGCAAAAAAAAAAGAAAAGAAAAUCAUCGUAACUAAGAAUAACAAAGUGAAUAUUACUUUUAUUCAGCUCAAGUUGUCAACCACUCUCCUCCUAUCAAAAAGGAUACACUUUAACUCAGGAGUUUUCUGUCAGCGUGCAUUUUUGUUUUAAUUUCGUAAAAGAAAACAAUUCAACCACAACAAGGACGAAGGAAUAAAAUAAUCCAAGACAAACCAUACACGCCAUCAGAAUGGAUGAGGACCGCGAAGAAGAUAGAGUAUGAGAUUAAAUGGGGCUUUAAGGCCCCACGGAGCUCCAGGCAUUGGACGCUCCAUUGGUGCUAAAAAAUAUCGUGAUAAGCGACCGCAACAACAGGGCAAAGCUGAUUGCGAGCCAAAUAACACGUUAAUCGCUAUUAGUAGUUGCUAUCUAAGCAAUAAUAACAAAAACAACAAAAUAAUCACAACACUACCAACCGCAGCAACAGUCGAAGCAUUCGAAGCAUUUGAAGCAGUCAAAGCAGCCGAAGCAGCAACAGCAGCCGUAGCCGUAAUAGUAAAUAAUAAUAAUCAUAAUUUUAAACGCACGCAAGGAAAUUCAAAUCCUUCUUCAACCGAUAAGCCCGACGUUUUUAUCAAUAAGCAACCUUAUACAAUUUUUAAACGCAGCAGUGUAACUCGAGCUACUAAUAACAUGGCUUCGAGCGGGACCGGCACCGGCAUUGGCAUCGGAAGGAGCCAAGGCAGGAGGAUUAAUGCAACCGCAACAUCAGGACGAAAACGAGGUGUGGCGCCCGAUGAUGAUGUUGCCGUCAACGUCGCCUUUGCCACCACCGCCGCAACUGCUGCCACCAAGCGACAUCAGCGCCACCACCCAAUGCGUGUCCCACAAUCAUUAUUGGCCAGCUUAAGCAGCCUGUCCACGCUGGUUCUGUGCUUAGUGUACAUUUGCGUUUUGUUGCCCAGUCAUGUCAUAUGCGACGACGAUAAUGGCUUUUUCGUUAAUACCUUCAGCAUGGGACCAGAGACCACUACCCCGGAAUUCGAUUACGUUAGCCGAGGAAAAAAGAAAUUCGGUGACAAGUGUGAGAAUACACUUGAAUGCGGAUUCCCAGGAUCGAUAUGUGACCCUAAAAAGAAGUCCUGCCAGUGCGUUGAAGAAUUACCUGUCACCAAUCACAUUGAUAAGUGUGGCAAGGAGGCUGCCGUCAACGAGUCCUGUUUCUUCAACGAGCAAUGCGAAUCUACAAAUUUCCAAACCGAGUGCCGCGAUGGGAGAUGUGUGUGUCGUUUCGAAAUGGUGCCGAUUCUCAACAAGGAUGGCGUAUUCGAAUGCACAGCUGGCACCAAUAAUAAACACAGGGACGAAACUUACAUUGACCCGGCUAUGAUUGGCGUUCUGGUAGGAAUGGCAUUGAUGUUUAUUAUAAUUUGUGUCGUCCUCCGAUUAUUUAGCCAAGCUAGAUGGCGUGAGAAUCGAACCAUCUUUAAUACCCCUAAUCCACGGCUAAUGAAUGUGUCACUAUUGCGUGACAGUAAAUUGCUACAUGGACAAGAACGCCGCGGUUCCAGGAUGUCGGUUAGGGCACCGUCACGUCAGCCCAGCAUGGCAUCGUUGCGUCCGCACUCACCAAAUCCGUCGUUAGGUAAGACAGAAGGAUCACGAUCUGGUAGCGGAAGCAACGCAUCGGCAACAUCUAUCCGAUCAACUCGCAGCAACUCUGUAGCUCCUGGUGCAAUCAAUCAUGAUAGAAAAGUUUCUUCAGCCGCCCAUCACCAUCAUUCAUCACAGCACCAUCAACAUCAGUCCCAUCAUCAGCCUCUUAUAACAAAUAUAACACCUAACCCAGCUGCUGAUAAUAUUACUGUUGAAAUAAUUAAACCAGAAAAAUAAACAAUUUAAAUUUUGAAAAACAAAUAGAAAAUUCAUAAACAACAAGAGCAUUUCAAAAACAAAACAAAAACGCUCGAAGAAAUUAUAUUUUUCAUUAGAUUAGUAAAAAAAACAAUUAAACUAACAAAAACAAAAACACACCUUCAAAAUGUCUCACUGCUAUUACUUUAAUUAAACAACAAAUAAAAACAAAACAAAAAAAAUCACACAAAACUUAAUAAAAAUAAAUUUAAAAAAAAAAAUGAAAAAAACCCAAUAAAUAAAAAAAACUUGCAUAACAAAUUCAUUUCCUUCGCUUAAUUUUUCUCUUUAGCAAAACACACGACAUAAAUGCAAUGAGAAACACACUAACAACAAAUUUAACAACAACAAAUAUUUUCUUAAAAAAACAAAAAACAUUUAAUGCAAGUUCUUAAUUUUCCAUUAAAUUAUUAAAUUUAUAAUUAUCUAUAUAUAAUUAAAUUUCGAAAUCGAAACAUUUUAUGUUUUUGAUUAAUCACGAAACAAAAAUGUUUAAAUAUAAAAAUCAUUUAAAAAAACAAAAUAUAAAAUCUAAAAUUAAGUAGAAUUAAAUGAAAAAAUAAAUAUAUAGAACGCAUUUGUACUCAUAUGCCAUUGAGAUAGGAAACAACCUUAAAACAAAAACAACAAAAUAUUUAAAAUAAAACGCCUAUUGUAAAAAUAAAAAUUUACAAAAUAAACGAAAAAAAUAAUAUAUAAAUAAUUUAAUGAAAAUAAGUGAUAUAUUUAUUAUAUACAUACAAAUAGCGAAAUUUAUUCUAGAAUCUUAAAUACAGAAAUGAAAGCUUUUUAUUUUUCUUUAAAAAAAUCAUAACUUUUGAAAAAAUGUUUCAAAUUUAUCUCUAUUUAUAAAAAUUUAAGAAAAAUAAUCUAGAUUAUAAGUUUUAAUUAAUUUACACAUACCCAUCAUUAUCAUUACAUUUAUAAAUAAAAGUAUAAAAUUUUGAAAACUUAAAUUUGUAAUUACAGUAAAUAAGGUGUUUAUACAUAGUUAGAAGUUCAAAAAUAGCGUUUCCUAUAUAUUUUUCUCACCAAAAACUAAAACAAACUACAACAAAAAAAAUACUGAAAAAGUGUUAACUCUCAUCUUCCUUAAUUAUUUCUACCAAAGUUUUUGUCUUUUAAUUUCAAUUUUAACAUAUAAUUAAAAUGCACCAAUUAUGCACACAACUUUUUACUUUGCAUCUCUUUUUCUCUCAACUUAGGGACCAUAUUUUUGAACUAAAUAAAAAUAUGCGUUUCAUUGAUUUACAUAUAUUUGUAAAAAAUAAAAAUCAAAUCAAAAAAUAAUCAACACAAAACUUAACAUUUUACCAAAACGCUUCGUGAAAAUUAGACCAAACUUAAAUAAAAAUAAAAGAAAAAAACAAAAA